UUAUGAUUUUUAUUCAAUGUUCAUUUCGUUUAAUUCAAUUUGAUGAUCACGCAGUAUGCUCUCAGUUCACAGGACGUUGGCGAAUAUCAUUCGGAACUCAGAGCAAAGGAAUUUAAACUUAUGGGCUUCUUUGUUACUUAAACGAGAUGAAGUGCUAUUAUGAAUUGUUAGGUGUCACACAAAAUGUGGAGCAAGUUGAUCUUAAGAAGGCUUACUACAAACUAUCGUUACAAUGGCAUCCAGACAAAAACACAACAGAGGAUACAACUGUAAUAUUUCAAGAAAUUCAGGAGGCUUACAAAGUUUUAUCUGAUCCCCAAGAACGUGCUUGGUAUGAUAAACAUCGAGCUCAAAUUUUACAGGGAAAUGGUCGUGGUACUCAAAUGGGUGAAACAUCAGAUUAUCAGGAGAGCCGAGUCGAUGUCUUCCAAUACUUUACAAGAUCUUGUUUUGAAAAAUUUGAUGAUGACGUAAAGGGCUUUUAUACUGUAUACGCUAAAGUAUUUGCCGAUAUAACUGAAGAGGAGAAAUGUGCAGCUAAGUUUUCUGGUUGUACCAUAUCGUCUAGUGAAAGUGGUAGCGAUGAUGAUGAAGAUGACUGUAAAAAAUACUCUAGACAUUCACGUCAAGAACGUCGUGCAAUGGAAGCAGAAAAUAAUCGUAUGAGAAUGUCUGCAAUACGCAAGCGAAAUGAAGAAAUACGUCAAUUGGUAGCAUAUGUAAAGAAAAGGGAUAAACGUGUAAUUGCUGAAAAUGAACGCAUUCAACGUAUAGCUAAAGAAUCUCAAAAUCGUACUAAAUUAUUAGCCGAAAAAGCUAGACAGCGAGAAGCAGCCCAAUUACACGAAGCUUGGAAUGAUGAAAUUGCUUUUGGUGGAAUCGCAUCUCAGUGGUCGGAACAAUUUGAAGCUGAGAUAAAACGUUUAGAAGCAGAGCUUGAUGGUAUCAAUUUAGACGAUCCACUACAGAAAUCUUCUAAAGCCAAUCAUGUUAUAACCAUUAAUAAUCCUCAUAAUUCUGUCAAUGAUGAAACUGAUCAUAUUAAUAAACAAACUCAGAAUACCGAUACUGAUAAUGGUGAUAAUAGUAAUGAUGAUGGUGAUGAUGAUAAUGAUGAUGAUGAUCCUGUUCAAGAGACAAUUAAUGAUGAACUAUAUUGUAUAGCAUAUCAUUUCAACAUUUUAUUAUUCAUGGAACAAUCUUCUAAUAAUCAUCUUAUCAACAAUAAUUGUAUGAAUAAUAAUAAUAAUAAUGAACAAUCAAAUAUAAAAUUAACUAAACGAGCUAAAAAAGCUGAACGUCAACGUAAAAAACAAUUAGAAUUACAUAAUUCAUCAAUUUCUAUUUUAAAUGAACAACCAAAUUCAAUAAAUGAAUUAAACAAAGAUGUGACAAAUGAUAAUAAUACUGAAAUUAUAAAUGAAACUAGUAAUUGUGAAUUAGAUGAUCCUACAAUACAAUCAACAAUAAAUACCAUAAUAAUUUAA